GGGUAGAAUCAUGAGGUCACGCAAUCCUCUGUGCUGGGAAAGACCUUCAAGACCAUCGAGUCCAGCCCUCAACGCAGACCCGCUAGCUCCACGGCGUUCCUCAUUGCCACAUCCACAUUCUUAAUUCCCUCCAGGGAUGGAGGCGCCGCCGCUUUGCUGGGCAGCCUCUGCCAGGCCUUUGUCUUUCCAUGUGCCUUUUCCGUGAAGGAGUAUUUCCUAAUAUCCCAUCUAAACCUCCCCUGGCACUACUUGAGGCCAUUUCCUUUUAUCAUGGAAUCAUUAGGUUGGAAGGGACCUUAGAGAUUGUCUUGUUCCACCCCUUCUGCCAUGGGCAGGGACAUCCCACUGGAUCAGAGGGCUCAAACCCCAUCCAGUGUGGUGGCCUUGAACACUUCUAGGGAUGGGGCAGCUGCAACUUCUCUGGGCAACAUGGGCCAGCGCCUCACCACCCUCAUUGUGAAGAAAUUCUUCCCUAUGUCUAGUCUAAAUCUGCCCUUCUACAGUUUAUACCCAUUCCCCCUUGUCCUGUCCCCACAGGCCUUUGUGAACAGUCCCUCCCCAGCUUUCUUGUAGCCCCUUCAGGUACUGGAAGGUCGCUAUAAGGUCUCCUUGGAGCCUUCUCUUCUCCAGGCUGAACAACCCAAACUCUCAGCCUGUCCUUGUAGGGAAGGUGCUCCAGCCCUCGGAUCAUCUUUGUAGCCUCCUCUGGACCCAUUCCAACAGCUCCAUCUCCUUCUUAUGUUGCGGAUUCCAGAACUGGGCGCAGUACUCCAGAUGAGGUCUCACAAGAGAGGAACAGAGGGGCAGAAUCCCCUUCCUCGCCCUGCUGGCCACGCUUCUUUGGAUGCAGCCCAGGAUAUGGUUGGCCUUCUGGGCUGUGAGAUCACAUUGCUGGCUCAUGUCGAGCUUCUCAUAUCCUACUACUUUUUUCCUGGGAGAAGAGACUGGCACCUACCUCGCUCCUACGUCCUUUCAGGCAGUUGCAGAGAGCAAUGAGGUCUUCCCUCAGCCUCCUCUUCUCUGCACUGAGCAGUCCCUCAGCCGCUCCCCAUAGACUGGUUUUCCAGACACCAAAUGAUGAGGCAUUGCUUGCUGGGGUUAGACAAGGGUAGGAAUGAAGCGAUGCUAUGCAAUCAGAAGAAGUCGAAGUAAAUAUUAAGCAUUACAUCUUCCACCUGGCAGUGGACUGUAGGGCUUUGUUACAAGAUAUUCAAGUAGUUGACCCGGUGCUACCACGACUAGAAGAUAUGGUCCCCUUGCUGCCAUCCUCCAAGGUGUCUGCUACGAGAGCAGGAAUAGCCAGCAAGGGAGACCAUACCCUGGAAACAAGCCUGUCCUCCAAAUUGUGACCCGAAAUGGACAACUUACUUAAUUUUUAGGCUGCUUUGGGAACGCAAAAUAUAAUGAAGGCUGCCAUACAGUUGUCUUAUCCUGCUGGGUUUCAAUAGCGUGUGAGUGAAGAGGGAUUUCUCAGAGAACUUCAAAAAUCAUAUCAAAAUACGAUUCAAGGCUUGAGAAAUGAACUUGGAACCUACUUGGAGCAUUUUAGUCAUCUACGAUAUGAACAAUGGAAAAGAAGUCUUUAAAGAGAUGAUUUGUGCGAGUGCGUGCCUGUCCCUGGAAGUUCAUCUGCAAUUCAAGGAGCCCAAGGUCCCAACAAACCAGACAACCACUCUUUUCCAGCUUUUCCAGGAUUCAGCCUCAGCUGAAAUCACUUGUUACUGAUGCCAGGGCUCUAAUUCUGAAGCUUUGCUGGCUGCCUUGGCCAGGGCCUCAGACAAUAGCAUCUGAGAAGUUCAGUAUCUCAGUUAAAAGAACACAUUAAAAUAAAUAAGAUAAGGUAGCCUGACCUCGAGUUCCUAAUGCAGCCCAGCUGGAUAACUACAGCGAGUCCCGAGUUCCCAGAAGUGAUAGCACAGAUCGGCAAAGGAAGUGGAGCAAUUCUGUUCAAAACACUUCACUGACAGAUCUUCACCAGCCAGCCUGGCAGAGGGGUCUGGCAGCGCGUUUUGUGCUCACAACCAUAGCAAACAAUCAAUGGAAAGCUUAACUUCCUGGACCUGUGCUGAAUACCAAGUUAGUACAAGAGUACCUCAUUAUUAUUCUACUUUUUACAAGGAAGCUGUGGGCAGAGGAAAUGUGACUCACUGCAAACACGGGAUAAAAAGGCACUGUGCAAUCGAACAAACAAAGCACUUGCUAGUGAGCUCCGCUGAGCGCCACUGUCACAUUCCUGUUGAGUCUCAGGACGUUUCAGGAUCCGCUCCAAAAGUUCUUCGUUAUUCAUAUGACUAAAAAUAGGUCUUGACGGCUGAAUUGCAAUGGCCAGCCAAAGCACAGAGUAGCCAUGUACCAGCGGUACACUGGUCAUGAAGCUUUGGACUGUUCCGAAAGGACAAGAAAAGAACUGGGCAUUUUGAAGUGGAGGAUGAAAGCACCGGCAGUGUGGCCUUCUGAAACUUGGAGGAAAAAUGGGCUCAGGUGAGAACAAAGAAGAAAAAGCUGAUGUGGGAGUAAACCAACUUCAAACUCCACCUGAGGGUUUUCUGCUUUUGUUACAUGUAAUAACUACCUCUUUUUUCCAGCCUGCCUGCAGAGCUGUUGCUGUUCUUGAUGUAUGAGGGGUUGAGAGCAUGUGCUCCCAAACCAGCUCCUUUCCAACUUGCCAGCUGGAACUGCUCCCCAGUGCCACCUCUGCUGCUGGAGAACCCGUUGCACCUUAGAGGCUCCCUCCAGCUUUGCAUUUUAAGUUGUUUGUAAUGGCAACUGUGUCUUCAUCAGCUUCAUAGUGCCAGGCAGCUGAAGCUGAUGGAUCAUUUGCUGUGCCAGCUGGAGCUGUGAUCCCAGUAGCCUCGAGCUGAGUGAAGGCUCAAGUUAAGCCACCAUGCCCGGGAUGCUGCUUCAGUCAUAUAGGUCACCAAUGGUGGGGUUUCUUGAGGAGUUUGACCAUUACUCUUCCUUGGCCAAACUCAUGUCAAUCUACCAAGUAACCAACAGGACCACCUUCAACUGGACAGACAGCCGCAUUGUCGAGUGGGAGAAAUUUGCUGAGCUGGCUAAAUAUGAGCCAGAAUCCCAGAAACCAACAGUGAAAGCUCUCCUAAUCGUGGCGUACUCGGUGAUUAUCAUCAUGUCCCUCUUUGGGAACAUGCUGGUGUGCCACGUGGUGCUGAAGAACAAGAGGAUGCACUCAGCCACCAGUCUUUUCAUCGUCAACCUGGCAGUGUCUGACAUUAUGAUCACGCUGCUCAACACACCUUUUACCCUGGUUCGCUUCGUGAACAGCACGUGGAUCUUUGGGAAGGCCAUGUGCCACAUCAGCCGCUUCGUCCAGUACUGCUCCCUCCAUGUCUCCACGCUGACCCUGACGGCCAUCGCCCUGGACAGGCACCAGGAGCUGAAAGUCACGGUGCAGUCUGUGUUGCAGGUCAUCCUGCACCCACUGAAGCAGAGGAUGUCACUAACCAAGGGAGCACUCAGCAUCUCUCUUAUCUGGCUGAUGGCAACCUGCUUCUCCCUGCCCCAUGCCAUCUAUCAAAAGCUUUUCCAGUACAACUACAGGGAAGCCACUGUCCGGAGUUUGUGUAUCCCUGAUUUUCCUGAGCCUGCAGAACUGGUCUGGAAAUAUCUGGACCUGUCUACCUUCCUCCUUCUUUACCUCCUACCUCUGCUAAUCAUCACCAUCACCUACACACGCUUGGCUAAGAAGCUGUGGCUCCGCAAUGCCAUUGGGGACAUCACCACACAGCAGUACAUCACCCACCACAAGAACAAGAAGAAGAGCAUCAAGAUGCUGAUGCUUGUGGUGGUGGUCUUUGCUGUCUGCUGGUUCCCUCUCAACUGCUACGUGGUGCUCAUCUCCAGUCUGGGUAUCAAGACAAAGAACUCCCUCUAUUUCGCUCUGCACUGGUUCGCCAUGAGCAGCACCUGCUACAACCCUUUCAUCUACUGUUGGCUGAACGAGAGCUUCCGCUCGGAGCUCAAGUCCCUGCUCUGCAUGUGCCAGAAGGUGCCUCAGGUUCAGGACAACGCGCAACCACCUGUGGUCAUGUCCUGCCGUGAGGCGUGGAUGGAGCGGGCCAGGUGCAGGAAGGGACCUGCCUCACAGACCAUUUACUCCACUGUAAAUGUCCAGACAGCCAACGCAGACCUGUGAACCGACGGGCUGAGGCCACCUGACCCCAUUCGGCCGUGUCCCUGCACCUCAGAUGAACGUUGCAACAUCUGCACGAGGAGAAGCAUCAUGAGUGACAGCAGAAAUGAAUGAAUGCACGAUUCCUAAGGCACUUCUCUUGGAACUAACAGUU